AUGGCCAUCGCCUUCCACACUUUCUAUACAGCGGUCAAAGGGCGCCGCAUCGGUCAUGUCGGCUUCAUCGCAUCAGUAGUCUGUGUGUGGACGUUCGCGUUAUUACUGAGCAUCAUUGGUCCAAUCGAGUACAAGGACAAGUACUUUGUACGUGCUGGUGCCUGGUGCUGGGCUGGAGAGCAAUAUCAAACAGAUCGUCUUGCUCUGCACUAUCUCUGGAUUUUCAUCGUUCAAUUCGGCACCAUCAUCAUAUACGUCUUCGUCCUGAUUCGACUGAGAGCAGCUGUAGCAGCCGUACAACCAUCCGUUAGGGUCCAAUCAACCAGCUACGCAAAGGUUGACCGCGCAGCCAAAUUGAUGGUCCUGUACCCCUUAGCAUACAUUAUUCUCACACUACCGUUAUCCGCAGGUCGGAUGUGGAGUAUGGCGCAUCACGAAAAGAAUCUGCCCGAUGCCUACCAAUGCACAGCCGGCGCUCUUCUCGCCAGCUGCGGUUGGGUCGAUGCCCUCCUUUACACUCUCACACGCAAGGCCUUGAUCAACGGAGGAGACUCGAACCGUCGCCAUCGCUCCAACCACGGGAAAAGCAGCAAAGACGACCCGUCGAACCUCGACCCUCACGGAGGUUCCAUCUUGCAAACACGUACUAUUACUGUCAGCGCAGGACAAGUCUUUGCACUCGAUACCAUCGACGAAGUUCAACGAGGGCGAUCACAAAACAAACACCAGUACAAGAAGAGCUUUACAGAGAGGUUAGCACACUCGCCCACUGGCAGUCUGGACCCAAUAAUUAGUGGUCACCUGGGCGUUGGCUCCGAUAAAAUUGGCUCCGAUGUGCAAGUCACAUCUGUAGCUGUCGACACUUGCAGUGACGAUAAUACCUCUCGGGUCUCCAGUUUUGAUGACGCGAAACCGCAUGCACGGUAG